AUGUCGGUUGAAGUGAAAGAGCUGAAACAGACGAGAUUUCAGAAGUUGAAAAAAAAAGUGAAACUAUCGAAGUUCUCAAAAAAUGACAGCAAAAAACCUCAAGUGGAUAAGUUGGGCCUCAACAACAAUUUUGCAUUUGAAGAUGCUCUGGAUGGAUUUCACAUAGAUGGUCUUCCAAGUUUGGAUGAAUCAAUUAAAGAAGCAAAGUUAGCAUUGGAUCUCUUUUUUCAAAAUAAAUUUGCUGCAGCUUUAGAUAGUCUUGUGCCAUGGUCGCAUGUCAGCACUUAUCACGCCUUAGGCAAAGGGACCAUGCUUUUUAUGCAAGCCUUGCUGACUAUGGAGAGUAAAGAAAUUGAAAAAGCUGCUGAGGCCUUAAAACAAGCAGUAGAUGUUUGCCAGCGAAAAAGGAAGAAGCAUACUGUAUCAAAAAUGAUACGAAGACCUGAUUAUAACUUAUAUACCGAAGAGGAAGUGCAUGCUGAAUUGUGCUAUGCAGAAUGCUUACUUCUAACAGCAAUUUUAACUUUUGUUGAGGACCAAAGUUUAGUAAAUUUUGUACGAGGGAGCAUGCGAAUAAGAACUUGUUAUCAUUCCUACAAAGAGUGUAUGCAUAUUCUGGAAACCAGAAGAUGGGGAAAUGAAUUGAGAAAGAAACAUUUUGAAAGUGGAGUUCGAAUGGGUGUUGGUGCCUUUAAUUUGAUGAUCUCCCAACUCCCAACGAAGGUUUUGAAGCUUUUGGAAUUUAUUGGAUUUUCUGGCAAUCGUCAAUUGGGAUUAAAAGAGCUAGAUGAUGGCUAUGCUAUAAAAGAAAGUCUACGAUCUCCUUUGUGUGCACUUAUUCUUGUAACAUUCCAUACUCUAGUGACUUAUAUUUUUGGCUGUGGUGAUGGUGACAUCGAUUUUUCUGAAAGAAUUGUUAACGAAAUGCUAAUAAGAUAUCCAGAAGCAGCACUUUUCAUAUUUUUAUCUGGAAGGAUCAAACAAUUGAAAGGACAAGUUGAUGAGGCAAUUAAGACAUAUCAACUUUCUAUUAAUGUGCAAGAAGAAUGGAAACAAUUUCAUUACCUCUGCUACUGGGAACUUCUUUGGUGCCACUGUUUCAAAUGCGAUUGGAAAGAAGCUGCCAAGUGUUCUGAUAUCCUGAGGCUGGAAUGCAAAUGGUCGCCCGCCAUUUAUACUUAUGUUCACGCUUCAAUACUCUAUAUGCAGGUAGAAGAAGGAAAUCCUGAACUUAAAGAUACUAUUAAAGAUCUUAUGGAAAAAGUCCCUAGCUUGAAACAGCGUUUGGCUGGAAAAUCGAUACCUUUAGAGAAAUAUGUAGUCAGAAAGUCAAACAAAUUUGUCACACAAGGAGGCCGUCUCAUUGUUCCUGCACUUGAACUUGUGUACAUAUGGAACAGUUUCCCCAUGAUUGCAAAGUCAAGAGAGCUCACUGAAAAUAUUUUAUGUAGAGUCAACAAUGUGUUUUCUAGUCUUGAAGAUGCCAAAGAUGUGGAAAAUUUACCUUUGGAUGAUUAUUGUCUUAUUCUGCUUCUGCGAGGCAUAUGUUAUACAAAUCUUGGCAGAAAUAUGCAAGCAGAAGAUUGUUUCAGGGAAAUAAUUUCAUGUGAGAAGAGAAUAAAAGAAGACAUGUAUAUAGUUCCUUUUGCUAUGACAGAGCUGGGUCUCAUCAAAAUGAAUCAAGCCAAUGGGAAUGAAGCAAAAGAGCUCCUGGAGGGUGCAAGGCACAAUUACCGUGGGUAUCCCCUCGAGACCAUCCUGCAUUUCCGAGUGCAUUCAGUCAUCAGACAACUGCGUGCCAAGGGUCAUGUGAUCCCCACACCAUCACCAAAGUCCACGCCCCUUCACUCCCCUGACCCCUCCCCCAACCGUGGUGGUGAGGCCCCCGAGUUUCCUUACUUGAAGGAAAGUCCUACAAUGCCCCCAAAGAGGAAUCUGCUGCAACCCCCAUCCGAUAUGGGAUCUUGUGUAUCCCUACCUUAGUUCAAAAACUUUUUGCCUCUUCUGUUUAUAUUAUUUAUUCUUUUGGUAGAAGAGUUGAUUGGAAGGUUUUGUGAAAUAACUUAGUUUUUUUUUCUUUG